AUGUUUGUUAUCUGGUCGCGAUGGGCACCGCCACUGGAAAGACAAAAGCUUCUUUCGCUGUGCUUUUCUGGUUCGGUUUUGGGAAUAGUCUUGACCUACCCGACUGUGGGUAUUCUGUGUGAUCUUUACGAUGACGGCUGGAAGUAUGCAUUUUACUUAUCAGGUAUAGUGACAAUCAUCUGGUGUGUUCUUUGGUAUUAUUUCGUUUACGACACGCCCAGCCAACAUCCCCGAAUCAGCAAAUUGGAGAAAAUGUACAUUCGUCACUGUCUCAAGAAAGAUAUACCCCAAGAGGAGGCACAUACGACACCAUGGAUCGCUAUACUCUCAUCACCUGCCGUAUGGGCUUAUGUCAUCGGGCAUACGGCUGUUGGCUUCCAUUUUGUCUGCCUGAUAGCUUUAGCGCCCAGAUACUUGCAGGACGUUCACUAUUUCUCGAAUUUAACGGCUGCCGGAAUUGUUGCCAUUACUUACAUUGGGUUCUUCGCCUCCUGUAACCUCUCAGCAGCUGUCUACGACAAGAUCGUUGCAAGGAAGAUCUGCUCUGGAAGUGUUGCCAGGAAGACUGGCAGCUCUAUAGGGUUGCUAGUGCCGGCUGUCUUGUUAAUCUUUGCGGGAUUUUUAAACUGCAACCACAGUACCCAAGCGGUGGUUAUCCUGGCGGCAAUAAACACAGUCGCUGGCAUUCAGUUCGGAGCUGGUUAUCUUAUGAAUGUUUACGAAAUAGCGCCGCAGCACGCGGGGGUAAUCUUCGGCUUUGCAUCUACGAUUACGUCAUUGUCCGCGAUGGCGCCUCUUACACUAAUAGCCAAGUUGACUACAAGCAGACUUCGCAGCGGAUGGCAGAUUACAUUCCUCGUCCUUUCUGCUGUAUUUGUCUUGUCAUCCGUGAUGUUCAUCUUGAUUGGCUCCGGAGAACUCCAGAAGUGGGCCAAGACACCCGAAGACAUAAAAUACAGAAUGUCAGAAUUAAAAGUGAGCAGGAACAACGAGGAGAUUUCCAGAUUAAGCAACCGCUCAUCGCCUGUAGACAUUCAAGAAAGUCAGUAA